ACUGAACCGAAUGUAGUCAUUGCCAUCUUUCGAUAGUGUCAUCCCUACUUUGCCAGCUCGGUUUUUAUUUACUUUUCUGGGCGGUUAGUUUACUUGUAAAACAAAUAAUAAUAAAAUAAAAGAACAAACUUAAUGUUCAUUUUUUAGUUCAGUUAUCCUAAGCCUCAUAAACGACCAUCUUCAGCUUUCAAAAUCAAGACAGGAAAGUGAAAAUCAGGACAGGGAAGUGCAUCCAACCAGAGUCACAGAGGUUCUUAUCACAAAAAAAAAAAAAAAAAACAACAAGUACAUAGAUAGCGCAACAAGUUGUUGGUCCGCCGAAACGGAAUCUCGUUGCGCAGAGAAAGUCUCGAGAACUUUGAGGUCUGACGUGUCGCUCGCUUACGGACGAUAAAAACCGGAGAACGGUACGGAAGUGGAGAAGAGAUGUGUGGAAAUCCAGCUGUGGGAAACGGGACGAGGGCGUUGAUUCUGGUCGGGGGUUAUGGGACCCGGCUGCGACCCCUGACCCUUAGCACGCCUAAGCCCCUGGUGGAGUUCGCCAAUAAGCCGAUUCUUCUCCACCAACUGGAGGCACUCGUCGAUGCAGGAUGUUGUCAGGUUAUUUUAGCCGUCAGCUAUCGGGCCGAACAAAUGGAAAAGGAGCUAAAAGUCGAAGCCAAAAAACUGGGCGUGGAAUUGAUCUUCUCCCACGAGACGGAACCCCUGGGAACAGCUGGACCUCUAGCCCUAGCGAAAACUAUUUUAGCAGCCAGUUCAGAGCCAUUUUUCGUACUCAAUUCUGACGUUAUCUGCGAUUUUCCUUUCAAGCAACUAGUGCAAUUCCAUCGUAAUCACGGCAAAGAAGGCACAAUUGUUGUCACUAAGGUCGAAGAACCAUCAAAAUACGGAGUUGUGCUGUACGAUGAGAACGGCUGCAUCAACAACUUUAUUGAAAAGCCACAAGAGUUUGUUAGCAAUAAGAUAAAUGCUGGCAUUUACAUCUUUAAUCCUUCCGUGCUUGACCGGAUCGAAGUUAAGCCCACAUCAAUAGAGAAGGAGGUAUUUCCUGCAAUGGCGCAGCAACAGGAGUUGUAUGCAAUGGAUUUAACUGGAUUCUGGAUGGACAUCGGACAACCAAAAGACUUUCUAACCGGCAUGUGUCUCUAUCUAAGCUCGCUACGCCAGAAGCAAUCCCCCAAGCUGUACACUGGCCCUGGCGUGGUGGGGAACGUGUUGGUGGAUCCCACGGCCAAGAUUGGCGAGGGUUGUCGCAUAGGGCCAAAUGUAACCAUUGGACCGGACGUGGUUAUCGAGGAUGGCGUUUGCAUUAAGCGCUCGACCAUCCUCAAAGGCGCCAUCGUUCACUCACACUCGUGGCUGGACUCCUGCAUCGUCGGUUGGCGUUCUACUGUUGGCCGUUGGGUUCGCAUCGAAGGCAUCACCGUGCUAGGCGAGGAUGUAAUCGUGAAAGAUGAGCUUUACAUUAAUGGAGGUCAAGUCUUGCCCCAUAAAAGCAUUGCGGCCAGUGUUCCAGAACCGCAGAUCAUAAUGUGAGUCGGUGACCCAAUUCAUAAAGUGUAAAUACAAUCUAUUUUUGUUCAGUUUUGUAUAAAGUAUAAAGUGUAAAGGUGCCUUUUGCUUUCAUGCUCUCACCUACGAUUUGCAAUAUUGACACUAUGAAAAAUAUGAAAAACAUUUCCAGCAGUUAGCGUUGCUAACUAUUUAUAAGCUAUAACUCUUUGUCCUUCUCUGACGAAGGUGGAAAAUCUGACUUAUAGUCUAAGCGUAAACGAAUCAUUUGAACGUUUUUGUACUUUAAUACGCGAAGCAUUAGUUAUACUCCUAAAUUCUAUACGUUAGUGAAAUAUAUUACAUACUUAUUUAAAAAAUGAAAA